GAUAUUCUUUUUCUAACUAGAACCAUUUACUCCAUGUUAUGCAUAAUCAUGUAUAUAUAAAAUAUCAUCUUACCUUUAUUUUAUUCCUUACUCCCCUCAAUCUCAUAGGGCACACCAGUCUCCGUAUGUCGGUAGCUCUAUGGCGAGACCCCUUCAUUGCAAGCCAUCAAGUAUGAAGCAUAUAUCCCUGGAAUGUAGAAACCACAACCCACCAAGACUCCCUCCUCUCCCUCCCUCUCUCUCUCUCUAUACACUAUCCCAAACAUUCAAUCCAAACAAACAAGCAACAUCAACCCAGAACCACAAAAUCCAAAAUGCAAUCGAAAUCCAACCCCCUCCUCCUCCUCCUCCUCCCCCUCCUAGCCACAACCGCAACAUGCUCGCUCCCCCCCGUGAAACCCGUGAAAUCCUACGGCGUCAACGGCGGAUACGCAUGCUGCAAGCACCUCUCGCCCGCGCACUCGGCACAGGGGAUAUCUCUUCUUGAAUUGAGCGGGAAUGACCCAUUCGCACUGGACACGACGACGACGCUAGUAGGGUCGGAGUGUCGGACUUUGCCUCGUGCUGGAUGCGGAGAGGAGUGGUUUGUCGGUUGCGUGCCGUAUUUGGCUAAGGAUGUAUUACAGGGGUCAGUUUGUAUCGCUCGGGAGAUGGGUGAUGGGAAAAGGGUUGCGGAGUUUUUGUAUGAUCUUGGGGAUAUGAUUCAAGCGGAGGUUCAGGAGGGCUUUGCCAGGGAGAAUGAUGAUGACGAGAGUGAGGAGAGAGAGAUUGAGAGAGAGGACUUUUAA